AUGUGUAAUAACGAUGCUGUCAAAGGGGACGAUGCUGUCCUGGACAUGCUGCACGAUGAUCAGAUUAAAAGAGCCACUGAAUUGAUGCUCGACUUAAAGAGGGGGAUGAUGGAGGAUUUCAACAUUGAGCCUCAAUCUGCUUCAUUUGAAGAUACUAGCCAUGGGCGAAUCAAUAUUAGUCGACGUACUAGGGAGCAAGCUGAUAAAGUUCGGGUAUACCUUGAAUUUUACUAUACUUUGAUUGAGAAAUAUACCAGCCCUCCGCCUGGUUCCGAGCACAAGGACGUCGAUGAUGUAUACAAUCCUUUGCAAGUGAUACGGAAUAGGAAAAUCAGAAAGAAAUACGGUGAUAAGACGAGAGAUUUUCAUCUUGCUAGACCUCCAGUAAUUGCAAUUAAGGACUUUUCACAUAGAAACUCCAAGUUCCCAUGGUUUGUCGAUAUAAUGGAGAAAUCUAAUGAUAUAAUCUGGAGAACCAACCAUUGGGACGAGUUGAAGAAACCAGAUGGGACGUUAUGGUUUAGUAAAAAACAUGCGAGGAUGGUUCAUGAUUCUAAGAACUCUGUAGCCAGCUCAGAUUCCUCUUUGGAUACCUCAUCUUUUGAAGGUUCAGUACGAAGGGGAAGAUUCGAUCGACUGUCAAGAACGUCAGGAACCGUAUCAAAAUCUGAUUAUAGAGAUAAUAGGAAUUCCAGAUCAAUCUUAUCUCGAUUGUCUAGAGCAUCGACUAGGAAACGGGAACCAUUAGAAAAUACUGGGUUUACAGAUUCGAAGAUUGUCGUACCGAAGAUCGUAUACCAGACUCCUACCGACUAUGCUACUGGUAAAUCCGCCAUCAUAGAUGUGCAUAUUGAUCCCAUAAAGAAACAUGAGGAGGCACCGGAGCCUCCAGCGGAAACAACAGAACAAAAACGAGACGAACGUUCAAGACUGAGUUCAUAUUCCAAUAUGAACCUAAUCGCCAAUACAAACUCCACCACAUCGAACAGUAACUCUGCACCCAGUUCUUAUGCCAUUGCCAGCUCAACUACGAAUUCCAACAUGACGUCGAACCCAUCAACACCAGAAUUUGAAUCAAAUAUCGUUGACGAUACUACCAAGAAGACGCUUUACGAUGACUACCUGUCCGUUAAGUGUCUUCAAUGUUCUUGGGAACUUUUAAGGCGUAAAAAGCUACUAACAGACAUGGCUCAGAAGAAAAAUCUUGGUGAGACAUCGAAAAAAUUGAGUGGAGAGCUACAGACCUUCAGAGAGAAUACCACACUUGCCGAAUCUAUAUUAAACGACUACGAUGUAGAGCUAUCCAAGGAUAACUUGGUUCUAUCCGAAUGGAAGAGAAAACUUUCAACGGAUUAUGCUAACAGAGUCAAUAAGUUGAUUUCCUUUAGCGAUAGAUUCCUAUCAGACAUUAAUACAACGUUGGCACUAAGAGUCAAGAUUCUACAAGAAAAUGUCGAGAAAGUGAGUUCCAUUAGCCAUGUUCAGAAACGUGCAUGGAGGAAGAUAAUGUACAAAGCCCUUGAAUUUUUCAUUGUAUCGUGCUUAUGGAUGGUAUGGCUGAUAUUCUCUGUCCUACGAAUAUUCCAAAUGGGAUUCAUUAUAGUGUUCAAAGUCGUCAAAUGGGCAUUAUUUUAA